AUGUACUUCCAGGAUUACGGUGCCGGUAGUGGAUUGGGCUACUUGGCUGUCCAGUACGCCAAGGCCAUAGACUACAGAGUCUUGGCCAUUGACGGCGGAGACGACAAAAGCGACUUCGCCAAGUCUUUAGGCGCCGAGGCGUUCGUGGACUUCUUCAAGUCGCUGGACGUGGUCAAGGACGUGCAGGAAAUCACCAACGGUGGGCCCCACGGUGUGAUCAACGGGUCUGUGUCUGAGAAGGCCAUGCAGCAAUUUGCCGAGUACGUGCGGGCCACGGGUACUGUGAUUUUGGUGGGCUUGCCUGCCGGGGCCAAGGUCGUGGCGCCUGUUUUCAAGUCUGUCGUGAAGUCUGUCAAUAUUAAGGGCUCCUGCGUCGGCAACAGAGCAGACUCGGCCGAGGCCAUUGACUUCUUGACCAGGGGUUUGAUCAAGUGUCCUGUCAAGAUUGUUAGCUUGUCUGAGUUGCCAAGUGUGUACCAGUUGAUGGCAAGAUCUUGGGUCGUUACGUGGUUGACACGUCGAAGUAGACUGGCCGCAAAAUCCUGGUCGGGCUACAGAGCUGGCUACGAGCAAAAAAAAAAGAACAAUCCCUAA